CUUUACUUUUUGUACCUCGUUACUAACCGUAGUCUACGUCAUCAAAACAAGCCGAGCGGAGCAGCAUGGAGGACUGCAUUCGCUGAUGUAUUUUUGACCUUUUAGUGUUUUUCCCUUUCAUUAGUUUUGGGCUGAAUAGAGUUCCAGAAUGUCAGCCAGGAAUGCGUCAGUCCAUGCCAAAUGGAUUAUUGGCAGAGUAAUAGGGACCAAGAUGUGCAAAACUGCCAAAGUGAGAGUCACAAGGCUGGUGCUGGACCCUUACCUGCUCAAGUACUACAACAAAAGGAAGACCUACUUUGCCCAUGAUGCUUUGCAACAGUGCACUGUGGGAGAUAUUGUGCUUCUCAAGGCCCUUCUUGAGCCCAGGUCCAAACAUGUGAAGCAUGAACUGGUUGAGAUAGUGUAUAAAGUUGGUCAGGUGGUUGACCCACUGACAGGAAAGAGAGUUGCAGGCACUGAGUUUCUGGAGCCUCUGACAGACCUUACACUUCCGGAAGAGAUGACAUUAUCAGAAAAACUGCAGGAGCUCAACAUCUCUGCGGCCUCUAGUGGAGUCGAUUCCCCAUCAGCAACUCAUACUUCAUAAUAGAAAACUGUUCAUUUACACAGUAAUAUUUGCCUAAAUGUCAUUCAUCUGUCAUAUUUGUGUUUCAGAUGUUAUUGUAAAUAAAACUUUAGACCAGUAA